CGGCGGCGGCAUCGUCUCCUCCUGGCCGGCGCUGGCAGCCCGUCCGUCGGUCCGUCCGUCGCUCCGUCGCUCGCUCCGUCAGCGGCCAGGAGGAGGCGGCGGCGGGCGAGGAGCCGCAGCGCUGCCGGGGCCAUGGGCUGCCGGGCGGGGGCCGCCGCCGCCCCUCGCCGCGCCCGGUGACGACCCCGCCGGCUCGGGGGAGAAGAUGGCGGAGAGGCUGGAAUGGGUGGAAAUCAUCGAGCCUCGGACGCGGGAGCGCAUGUACGCCAACCUGAUCACGGGGGAGUGCGUCUGGGACCCCCCCGCCGGCGUGCGCAUCAAGCGCACCAACGAGAACCAGUGGUGGGAGCUCUUUGACCCCAACACCUCGCGCUUCUAUUACUACAAUGCCUCCACCCAGCGGACCGUCUGGCACCGGCCCCAGAACUGCGACAUCAUCCCCCUGGCCAAGCUCCAGACCCUGAAGCAGAACACCGAGUCCCCCCGGGCCUCCACCGAGAACAGCCCCGGGCGCAGCAGCAAUGUCAGCCGCGAGGGCAGCACCAGCUCCUCCCAGGAGCAGGAGCCGGAGGGCGGCGGGGAGAAAGCGCAGGACCAGGGCCGGACCCACCGACAGCCCUCCCAGUUCGCCACCGUCAAAGAAGAAACGGAAAGUUCCUCGCCUCCCGGAGUUUUCGAGAAGGAAUACGAGAUCUAUCGGGAUUACGGCUCCGACGGGCAGCGGAUGCAGUACAGGGCAUCAUCUCUCCGGUGGAACACGGGGACCAAGGAGCGGAUGCUCAUCAAGGUGACGGACCGUGAGCCCAGCUUCCUCAUGCACCAGGGCAACGGCUACACCUCCGACAACCAGCAGGGCACGCGGUCGCGCCGGCCCUCGGGCGGCCAGCCGUCUCCCAACCUCCAGACUUUUGCCCCCGACUCGGACAACUCUGUCUUCUUCCCGGAGAGGAAGCAGUCGCCCUUUCUGAAGCGGGCCGAGCACGUCGGCAGCUGCUCCCCGCUGCUGGGGCGCGGCGACUCCUUCUGCUCCCCGCUCCAGGCCCAGCACCGCAAGCACUCCAGCGAGUCGCAGCCGUCGUCUCCGCGCUAUGCCUACGAGCCGCCCCUGUACGAGGAGCCACCCAUGGAGUACCAGGCUCCCAUAUACGACGAGCCGCCUGUGGACAUGCAGUUUGAGGCCAGCGGGAGCUACAAGGCCGGCUCGCCGCAGAAGUCCCCGAUCCGCAAGCCGCACCCUUUCCUGCAGUCGCCCAAGCAGGGCUCCAACUCCCCCUACCAGCAGCUGGUCCUGACCAAGCAGAAGGCGCCCGACCGCUUCAUGAGCCUGGAGUACAGCCCCGCCGGCAAGGAGUACGUCCGGCAGCUGGUCUACGUCGAGCAGUCGGGCUCCAGCCCCAAGAUGAAGACCGGCUUGCGGCACAAAUACUCGCCGAACCCCAUCGGCGGCUCCUACUCUCUCCAGCACAGCCCUUGCCUGGUGAGGGACCAGCGGCUGGAGGUCAAGUCCGGCGACUACAGCAGCAUGGAAGGGGCGGACUUCCGGCACAGCCCGCCCGUCUCGCAGGGGGACGACUCCAUGUCGUGGUCCAGCCAGCACAACACCAUGUCCUCCACCGGCUACUCGCCCGGCACGCGCAAGAGGAAAAGCCGGAAGCCGUCGCUCUCGUACGACCCCAACGCCUCCUCCACCGAUGGCUCGGGCGAGCGGGAGGAAGGGCUGGCGGAGGAGAGGGCGCCCUCGGGCUGCAGCCGGCCCCAGAUGAACCGCAUGGAGAGCCGCUCGGUGGAGGCCGAGUCGACCCGGGGCUUCCCCGAACCCUUCCUGGCCCAGGCCCGGCUGGCGUGGGAGGCCCAGCAAGCCCACUACCACAUGCGGCAGAGGAGCAGCUGGGACUCGCAGAAGGACGGCUCGGGCUACGAGAGCGACGGAGCGGUGCCCCUCCCCAUGCCGGGGCCCGUGGUGCGGGCCUUCAGCGAGGACGAGGCACUGGCCCAGCAGGAGAACAAGCACUGGAAGCGCAACACCUUUGAGAAGCUCGGCUUCCCCCAGAUCCUGCUGGAGAAAAGCGUGUCGGUGCAGACCAACCUGGCGUCGCCCGAGCCGUACCUGCAUCCGUCCCAGUCGGAGGACCUGGGCGCCUGCGCGCAGUUUGAGAGCAGCCGCCAGAACCGGAACAUGAUGCCUAGCACCAGCUGUGUCUUCCCCACCUUCAACCUGCGAAAGCCUUCCUCGGAGACGGACAUCGAGAACUGGGCCUCCAAGCACUUCAACAAGCACACGCAGGGCCUCUUCCGCCGCAAGGUCUCCAUCGCCAACAUGCUGGCCUGGAGCAGCGAGUCCAUCAAGAAGCCCAUGAUCAUGACCACCGACCGCAACGUCAAGAAGGAAGCCUGCGAAAUCUUCAAGCUCAUCCAGAUGUACAUGGGCGACCGGAGGGCCAAGGCGGACCAGCUCAACGUGGCCCUGGAGAUCGCCACCAAGGGCUGGAGCAUGCAGGGCCUCCGGGACGAACUCUACAUCCAGCUGUGCCGCCAGACCACCGAGAACUUCCGCUAUGAGAGCCUGGCCCGGGGCUGGGAGCUCAUGUCCAUCUGCCUGGCUUUCUUCCCUCCCACGCCCAAGUUCCACUCCUACCUGGAAGGGUACAUCUACAGGCACAUGGAUCCGGUGAACGACACGAAAGUGACUCUGCACAUUAAGGAACUCCUGGAAAGGAACAAUAAGAAGUCGUCCAAAUUGAGAAAGAAACCCAAGCCCUAUAUGGAGGAACGCCAUGGGGUGGCAAUAAGCACUUAUGCCAAGUACUGUUACAGCAAGCUCCAGAAAGCAGCAUUGACCGGCGCCAAAAAGGGUCUGAAGAAGCCAAACAUCGAAGAGAUCCGGCACGCCAAGAAUGCCGUCUUCAGCCCUUCCAUGUUCGGCAGCUCCCUGCAAGAGAUCAUGAACAUGCAGAAGGAGAGGUAUCCCGACCGCCAGCUCCCAUGGGUGCAGACGAGGCUGUCGGAGGAGGUGCUGGCCUUAAACGGAGACCAGACUGAGGGCAUCUUCAGAGUUCCUGGAGACAUCGAUGAGGUCAACGCCCUCAAGCUGCAGGUCGACCAGUGGAAAAUCCCCACCGGCUUGGAAGACCCUCACGUCCCUGCCUCCUUGCUGAAACUCUGGUAUCGAGAGCUGGAGGAGCCCCUGAUCCCCCACGACUUCUACGAACAGUGCAUCACCCACUACGAGAACCCCGAGGCCGCGAUUGCCGUCGUCCACUCCAUGCCCAGGAUCAACAAGAUGGUGCUCUGCUACCUCAUCCGCUUCCUCCAGGUGUUUGUGCAGCCGGCCAAUGUGGCGGUCACCAAAAUGGACGUCAACAACCUGGCCAUGGUGAUGGCCCCCAACUGCCUGCGCUGCCAGUCGGAUGACCCGCGCAUCAUUUUCGAGAACACCCGCAAGGAAAUGUCCUUUAUCCGGGUACUGAUCCAGCACUUGGACACGAGCUUCAUGGAAGGGGUCCUAUAGCGCUGGUGCCAGCGAGCCCAAACAGACAUGGGCGUAUCGCCGACCCGUCAAAAGCCCCACCACCACCACCACCCCAAACCUCCACCCCAGAGCCAGCCGGUCCGCAAGAACUGUUCUUGACGCAGCAAAAGAAAAGUCCUUUCGGCACCCGGGCAGAGAGAGAGAGAAAGGGAGGUCGCUCCGGUUUUGCCCGCUUGGCCUGCCUCUCUGGGGUGCACGGCGUUCCCCUGCUGCUUCUGCUGUGGACAAAAUGACCCACACUGCCCCACAGCAGCCCCCUGCCUGGAAACAGAGCAGCCCAGUCGUUGGGACGAACAGCAGGAGUUCCUCACAGGAUAGUUCUGAUCCGGAGAGUCUGCAUUAAUGGGCAACCUGGCAAGAUUCAGGUGAACUGUGGGGUUGAGGAGGGAGAGGCAGGGGACUGCCUUCCUCCUCCCCAACCUGCACUUUUUGGGGGGGCGAAGGGGUCAGGACAGGAGUUGGGGGUUGGCGUGGAGCAUAAAGGCAGCUGAGGGAGUGUUUGGGUCCAGCACGGGGCCUCUGAUUGCCAAGGUGGCCCUUUUGAGACCAGAGGAGAGGCCCCCAGAGGGCGAGGGCAUCACGCAGAAGGUGGAAGGAGGGUGCCCCACUCCCACAGGUCAGAUCCCCAUUAGUCCAGACCCUCUUGAGGUGAAGGAGGCUGUCUGUCAGGUAAGACAGGUACUUCUGCUGCUACGUCAACCGGAGACCCCUGAGCCCAUCUUCCCAGCCUGUCUCCCACACGGGACGGUGCCUGGCGGGAGUUGUAGUUCAGGCUGGCCAUCUCCCACCCGAGGCUCCGGGUUGAACGAACGCAAGGGAUGGAGCCACGCAGACCCGGGCGCCCUUUUCGGCGCAGUCCUCCCACCCCGUUUCCCUUCCCUCUUCCAGCACAGUCACUGCCAAAAGGGGCCAAAGCCAUGGUCUCCCCAACACUUUCUCCCCCCUCUCUCUCCCAACGCCCCAGAGAAUGGGCCGGUUAUGCUGUCAGGCCCCCGCCGUGGGAUUUCAGAGCUGGCUACUGAGAAACAGUCUGCUGUGUUGGUGCGCCCCGUCCAGAACCCCCCGUCUCCUUUGGCUAUCUGUGCAGCCUGCCCCCAAUUUUUGCGUGGGGCCGCCAAGGCCCACAGACUCUCCUUUAUGCGCCUCUCCUGGAAUGGCUGCUUAAAUUUGGGUUGCAUCUCUUGUCGGUUGGGUUGGGAAAGGGGGUGCAGCCCUGCCGGGUCCCAGGCUGCGUCUGUGCUCCCCACCUAGCAGAAGGGCUGGUGUUUUCCCUCCGCCGCAUGCAAACUUCUGUUUUGGGAGCCGUCUCGGCAUUAAAGAAGCGUUGAAUCGGGGUGCGGGAGGCAUUUCCACACAGGUCGGCAUUGGAGGCUGCCCAAGCCGCCCAUUGCACUUUGAACCCUGGGUUUGUGUCAUGCGUAAGACUCCUUUCCCUCAAAUUCUUGCUUUCUGGCGGCCGUUCUUAAUGAAGGCCCUGCAACCGUUGUUUCAUAAGGAGGCUUAAAAACUGCUUUCUUUCCAUUUGGGGUGAGCUGUGGAUUUCGCUCCCCCUUUCCAAAACGUUACCAUCUAAGGGAGAGAAACAAAAGAACAUUUUCGGGAAAAGCCUUCCCAGCACUGAGAACCUGGGCGUAUUUUGGCUUGCUGUCCUACAUAACUAUUUCUCCCCUUUUGGAGUAACAUCUUUGCAGGAGUCUUCUCGUAUUAUUCCAUCAGAGGCUAGUUUUCUACGAGGAAAACAACACCUCCCAAAAUUUCAGGGCUGUAAAGUAACCCUGUCUCCUCAAAAUGUUUGAGGAUGCCUCUUCCUCGAGCUGUGUGGAAAGGCCUCCCAUCCACUCUAACACUGCCAAGAACAGACGUUUUCUUUUAUGGAUGCUAUAAACUCCCAAGAGCCCCUGGGAUGUGGGGUGGGGAUUUGGGGUGUGUGUCAGAAGUCUAUGACAGCUGCCGUAAGGAGACACUUGGCGCCCCCUUGUCCUGCCUGCCAAACGGCUCCAUGGCCCCCCCAACAGGCUUGGAUUAUUGUAACAAAAACGGGGUGUGUGUGUGUGAUCUUGUGUCCCACAAGGGGGCACAGGGGGCUGGACUAGAUGGGGCGCAGAGCGGAAACAUCCCCUCCGGAGGCCAGUGCUCCCACUUACGCCGAAGUUUCUUCCACACCGCUGGCCUUCAUCACUCAGAGGGGGGGUCCUCCGCCGUGUGUGGAACCCCCCCUUGUUGCUUCCAGAGAACUGGCGUGCCGAUUCUCAAACAGAGCUUCCCCAUCUCACGAUGGCUGUUUUGGGCAAGGCUGCAGUGGGGCGUCCGGGCAACCACUGCCAACACAAGAGGGUUUCCUCUCGUGCUCAGACGUCAGGCACGCUCGGGAGUUGUGUGCCAGCUGCUCUGCGUGGCUCUCGAUCUAGAGAAAGUGCCUUUAUCCAACACAGAGAAUCGGCCAGGCCUCCCGCCAACCCCUGGGCGUACAGUCUCGCUUCUUAAAACACACCCAAGCGUCUCAGAAGAGAGACUUCCUUGCUUUUGGUAGCUCCUUCGCUUCCUCCCCUCUUUCUUUUGCCUGUUCUUGGCAUGUCGGAAUAUGGGUACAAGAAGCGUGUCUUAUUUCAGCAGCGGAGUGGGGUCUGUGUAACUCAUUGCCACAGGACGACGCAGUUGCGCAAGCCUAAAGGGUUUUUGCAGAAGGCCUCGGUGAGAGGGUCCAUGAAUGGCGGCCGGGGAGGGCAAACGGCGCCUCUGUAGUCUGGGGAAGUCGAAGGUGCUUUCCCCCUCCGAAAGCAUAAACUUUGGGGGUGAAAGCGAGCGGGAGCCAUAUAUGGAGGCAACGUCGAGCGUGAGGAUUGCAAGUUGGAGGUGGAAGGAGAGUCAGCGGGGACUUUUACCAGGGGUUGGGAGAGAAGGAAGCUCUUUUGCCAGAGCAGCUGUCUGCAUCGAUUCCCUGUGUCGCACCCAAAUGGAGGCACAAGCCUUCCAGCCAAAUCACCCGGGGGUUAUCCUCCUCUCCUGUCCUAGGGCCACAGCACCCCCCCCACCCUUCCCCCAGGGACCCAUUGCUGUAGACCCAUCACUUGACCCCAAGAAGCUAAGCGAGACUCUGGAAUCAGAGCUCACAGAGAGAAGUGAUGCCAUCUAUGGUGGCACAACAGUGCCCUGGGACGGGCGUGGAAGCGGCAUUUACCUUCCGGGUGACCUUUUUUGUUGUCAAAAGAGACCCACCCAUUGGCUUUUCCAUUUGGGGAACCCUAAGGAACUUCCUUGGGCUUCCUUGAUGAGAAGAACAAUAGCAAACUGUCUCCAAAGACAGCGGUCGUCUUCUCCCCGUGUGGAGGCAGCCAGGGCAGUGGGAGUAGCCCGUGAGGCAUUUUGGAUGGCCCUGGCCAACGGCCGGUCUUAGCAGCCCGAGCUGUGAUUUGGAGGACGUCAUUGAAUUCUCUGUAACUCCACAGACUGAUUUAGGAAAGGGGAUCUUGGAGAGUUAAAUGUGGCGUCUCAGAUUCGCUGGUUGCUGAACAGCAUCUCCCACCAUCACUGACUGUUGGCCAUGCAACUGGGCCUGAUGGGAGUUGAAGUUCAGCCACAUCUGGAUGGCCGCAUGUUAGCGCCCCCCCACCGCAGAUGUGUCCAUCCAUUCCCCAGGAGAACCUUUGCCUGUGCAAUCUUCCAGGGCCAGAGGGUUCCUGCCUCUCCUCCGCUCAGCCAGUAAGAAUUUAUUAUAUAGAGGUUUAAAGGGUUAAAAAAAUCCAUUAUAAAUUUGCUAACAACAUAGUUUUAAUCCAGAGGUGUAUAUAUAUCUUAUUACCCAUCACUGGGGCUCUUUAUUUGUAUGGGGGUGGGGGUGGGAAAUGCUCUAAACUCUAUCUUUGCUAUUUAUUUUAUUGCUGUUCGGGGUGGGGAAUGGCUUCCUUGAGUUUCACCAAAAAUAUAUUUAUUCCCCCACCCACACCCACCCUUUUCUGGUGACCAGAGCUUUCUAAUUGAGAUUAAAGGAUUAAAUAGCACCCAUCUACGGUCUGCAUUUGGCAUUUCGCUGUAGCUGCAGAAACUUUCUAGUCCUUUAAAGCUAAAACGCAACAGCGAGGUGGUUGAGAGAAGGUAACCAGUAUCAGGAGAAAAGGUGGAAUUUGGUGAAGUCAGCCCCCACCCCUUGCUUCAUUGCCUUUCCUGGGAUUGGGGGGGCUGCAACUCCAUGCCCACCCCGCUUUCCCCUUGCAUCCAACUCCCGCUUCUUCGGUUAAUUUCCAAGCCUAUUUUCCAUUAAGUUAUUCUGGUGAAUGAAGGUAACUUUGCUGCCAUUCCGGGAAACCGGCCAACCUUUCUUAUGGAAUGGUGGCCAGUUCUGCCUGUGUGUUUCGCACCCCUCGCUUUGACAAUCCUUCCACACUUAAAACUGCAAAGGCACCCGGCUGCGAUGUGCGUCUUGCUUUUCACCGUUAGGAGUCACUGUGGACUAGCACCUUGGUGUCUGGCCCAAACUGCUCCCACCCACCUGUCCCAAGUAGCUAGCAACACUCGCUCUCCCUCUCUGCUCUCCAGGAAAGUCAGGGCAGCUUACUGAGUGCACCUAGGCUUAUUGCAACUACCUACCGCUGUCCAAAUUUGACGAACCCCCCCGUUUCUUGUUCUUCAGACACAUUGAAGAAAAUAAGGGGUUAAUUGAGACAAGAAUCCUGACUUGGUUUUGGACACCUCUUGAGCAAAGAACCUAAUCUAAACAAGUGCCUUAACACCUUAAUGGGCCACUGACAAAGCUGUAGCCCGAGCCAUUUACAUUUGCAAAUUCCAGUUGGUUUGAAAUCCUAACUGCUUGGGACAUUUGGGGGGGGGGCUGUUUAGCUUGCUCUCUCCUUUUUCCUCUUGGGAACUGGCACUGCAAUUCACCCAGGUCUGCACCGUUUCCAUGCUUUUGGGCAGCUGUUUCAAGAGACACCGCUGCAAAUAAAUCCCUUGGAUCCCUUCAUUUCAUUUUAUUUUUAAACGGAGAAAUGCAGUGCGUGCCAUAAAUUUAACAGGAGGAACAGAGGGGCAAAUGAGACACAUCCGCCGCCGAGAGAGUCUAGGGAUUGCUAGCAUGUCUGUUUUCAAGCGGCCACAGUAUCUAAGGGGUCUUAGCUAAACAGCUCCAAACCAUGCAUGAUGCCCUCGGGCGAAGCACUCUGAGGUCCAGAGGUGGCAGGAAUAUCCACCAGAGCUGAGCUGGAACCAAACAAAACCCAAAUAGCAAGUGGGCAGCAGCUGGCGAGAGCAAAUUGCUCCACUUUGCUGAAGCAUCAGGGAAGGUCCGGGUGAGUUAGAAGUUUCAGGGAGGUGGAAGCUCAAAGCAGGCCUUUCAGCAACAGUUGAAGGACUCCUCUUCUUCUGUCCUCCUUGAGAGCUUCCUGAAGGCAUCUCUGACAUGCCGCUGUGGGAUUCUGGAUUCUGGAUUUUGGUCUUGUCCUGGUGGGGCUCUUUUUCCUCUCUUACGAUGGGCCAUAAGAGUGCUUUGCCAGAGGAAAAAGUUGUUCAGCAUGCUGCUUUCUGAGCAACCGGUGGAGAUCUUGCAAGGAACCCUGGGUGCAGUCCUUUUGUUUAUUAAAAAAGCAUGACGGCUCACUCUCCCCCACUACUCCCUGUAGUCGAGUCGGACGGUGUUUUUUUCCCAUGCAAAUUUAACAUGACAUAAAGUGGUCACGUACAGGUAGCAGCUAUAGCUUCAAAGGGCCCAAUUCCUGACGCAAACAUUUUUAGUUAGAAAACCAGUGAUGAAAAAUUGAAAAAGCAGACUGAAACGAACUGUGCUACAGCGCAAAGGUCCUACACCCAUUGCAUUGAGCUCAACGAGGUUUGCUUGCAGUCAGGUUUAGUAUAGGAUUGCAGCUUCACUUGAUUUCUGCAGGGCCCUGCCCCUCCUGGAGGCUGCCUCAUUUUCAUGACGACUUUCCGCAAAUGCCGCUUUAGCCAAGGCGGACACAAACCCGGUUCUUCGGUUCUUGAGCUCCAUCCACUCAGCAACUGGGUUGCUUUCUCCUUAGGAGUGUCCGAAUGUGUCUUGAGUUCCUUUGGACCCUAACCCUAACCCUAACCCAACCCACCAGCAGCGACCCAAGUUAAUUAUCUAAAAUUAAUUUGCUCCUUCAGCAAAACACAGACACAAACAUAAACUUCGACUUCUUUGUAACGUCUCUGGGAUUAACCACUAAUCGUUCCGUAGGAUCAGGAAGGAGAGAGAAGACUCUGGAAUUGGUGAGGAAGGGGAUUCGGGCAGUGAGCUCUGGGCUUCGCCCCCUUAAUCCCAAACAGCUGGACUCCCCUUGGCAGCUGCUCUCAUUCUGGGCUGAACAGACUUCCUGUUUGACCUACUUAGCAUAGGCAGAGGAGUGUAGGAUUCGCCUUGUGCUAGCAAGUCUUUUGCAAGUAGAAUUCUCUGCAAGCAAGGAAAUGGAUUUUCUCUCUUUCUUGUGGUGAACUGUUCAUUAAUCACCCUUAUAAAAUGUGGGGUCUUAGUCCAAACCUCGCUCCACAAAAGAGCACUCUCUGCCUGUGGCAGUACCAGAAGUGAUUCAUUCACGUCGCAUCUCUUCACCCAGAGAGACCAGCUUAACGUUUCGAAAGGGUAAAUUGUCUCCGUGUUGUUUCAGCACCAGAAACCGUAAUUAAAUCAUCUUAAGCCGUCACUGGUCCUGUGAGAUAUUGUAAUAUUUGCAGCAUACAGUAGGAUUUAAAAAACACAACACAACAAAAAAACACAUCCACACUGAACUGCGGGCCUAAUUCUUGUCUGGUUUCUAAGGAUGGGCGCAUAUAAAUGUUUUAAUGCGCUGGCCAUGGGGCGUUGUCUGUGCUGACAAGGUGAGCGGCCUUGACAAGACUCGUGUCAAAAUUGAGUGGCUUGUUGCCUCGGGGUUCCAAAAAGGAGUCUAACCACCUGGGUGUGGAAAAGACCUUUUAAGCCAGCCACAUGCGCAAUAUCUAUUGCCACCUGGGAUUUGACUCUCGCCAAAUCACCUGUGGCUCAGCUUGGGUCCUAACACAUGCCGGUGUUCCCUGCAGCCCACCGUGUCAUAAUGAUUUAUAAUAAUUUAUUACUUGUACCCUGCCCAUCUGACCAGGUUGUCCCAGCCUCUCUGGGUGGCUAGGUCACUAACUCCCACAUUGAGACGGGCAGAGCAGGACUUGAGUGUGUGAAAUGCCAAUUGCAGAGAAGAAACCAAGUACCGCUAAAUCCGGGAGAGGAGCCUAGUGCUGGGGUAGAGAGAGAGAGAUUUGGCCUGGUCUCCUUUCCCAAGUUGGUUUUAUUUCAAACUUGAUUCCAACAUUGCAGGGGGCUGUGCUAAACGGCCCGUUGGGUCCCUUCAGACUCUUCCGAUUCUAUGAACUGUCUAGAACUGGAAACUAUUGCAGACGGAGGUUCAAUAUAAGGGUUUUUUCCCUCUCUCCUUAUUGGGUGGUUUAUCAUUUUGAUUUGCCGGGCGUGUUUGCCCAUGCAGAAAACCAGAACAUGUUUGACUUACCGGAUUGAGGUUGCUUGAACCCCGCGUUUGGCCUUACAGUUGAGAGACGCAAGCGACUCCAUGCUAACCUUCCCUUCCUCCCCACCUAUUUGCAAAGCUGAUCUCUCCCCACCCCCCUCCGAUCCCCCCAAUCUUUUCCUCGGACAAUCACCUCAGGCGCUGGGCAAGGGGCAAGCAAGGAAGGCCGUUGGGUCCCUUGUAGUGAUGGCUGAAUGGAGACGGGACGUUUCCUGGGGCCUCCCGUGGCAAUUUAGAGGGGCAACCUACUGUGUAACGUUGUCUGACUAACUCUUGUAAUUAAGAAGCAUGGAAAUGUAGAGGCAACUCCAUGUUGUGUGAAUAAAAGAUGAAUAUGGACAUCCUUUUGGGGAA